AAAAAAAACCGUAACUUAUAUAGUAAAAAUGGGGCACAUCGUACCCGAUAGAUCUUGGCACAUGGCAUUUUCAAUAAAAAGUCGAGCCAUAAUAUUCCCGCGAUAACGUAUAGAUGUCAAACGUGUCGAUACUUCGAUACUCUCGCUUGGAUUACCUUUUGGAUUCACGUUUCACGCGUCUCGAUUGUUUACAAUACAAAGGAUUCCGCACGUCAAUGGCGACGUAAAAUUACCGGUUUAAAAAUAAAAUCUCGUCCCUCCAUCUCCUUUCUCUUCGAACAUGACCGUCAUUGGAACGCAGAUCGACAGCGACAAAAGAUUGUUGGAUUUUCAAAAUUACGAGGAAUAUCUAGACUCACUGGUGACGCCCGCGGACGUCUGCUAUCUCAGAAGCAAGAAAAUCGCGCGCCAAUUGGCCGAGCUCGGUUACCGCUGCACUGGCGAGACCCUGAGCGAGGAGAGCUUCUAUCGUCGCCUACGAAUCGUCAGAGAUCUACUGCUUCCCGUUCACCGGCCUUACGAGCUCACGUCGGAACUCGUGUCGCCCGUUGGUAGGUUAAUGGAGGAGCUCGCUCUGCGCGAGCGAGCCAACCGAUUGAGGAUUCUGUCGACCAUCAUAUUCGUCCGCCGCUCGAUGAAAAAAUUGCAGUUCGAAGACUCGGCCUACAUCGAUUUCGAAGACCGCCUCAAGUCGGCAGACUGGCUGCCGUAUUACCGAGGCGAGAGAAAAUUAUCGCCGCUCAAGCAGGAUCUCGCCUAUUAUCACUGGAGAACGGGGAGGACGUGCUUGAACAAGACCCGCAAUUACGUACCGAUCGUGGACCCUAAACUUGGCCUACUGUUUAAAAAUAUUCACGACAGACAAGUGAUCACGGUCGAUCCGGCUGCCGCGUCACCCGGUGUACAGACGACGCGAGUCCGGAUACACUGUCCGUUUUAUCAGCACGUAAUACUUUACGAUCAUGUGGUCCGCAGCAAAAUUACACAUGAAAAUUAGAGUCAGUGUAUGAUUCGACGAUACUACAUUGAGUAAGCUUUUCAAAUCAUAAAAUCAGUCUUCAGAUAUGUACCUUUUCUUGUCCUUCUUUUAAGAAAAGAAUUAAGAUGCGAUGAAUGAAGAAUAUUUUUUAGUAAAAAUAACGAGAGUUAAAAUUACACGCUAACUUAAAAAACUUUUACUGAAUUGACGACUAUCGACCGGUGGGCUAAAUUAGUUUGACCAAGAAUUGAUCAAGAAUUAUUAAGGUUCGGAUAUUUUGAACAUUGACACGAUUGGAUGCGCAAUUUAAACAUAGAAAUACUGCAAAUGAGAUUAUCUUAUUGAGAUUUUCCGUUUCAUUCUAUUAAUGAAAAUAGGAAAUCCAGGUU